AGAUUUGGUACCUAAAUUUUAACCCUGGCAGACCAAGCUGACGAUUUAAAAAAGUGGCAGGAUUUGGCAGAUUUCAAAGAAAUCCUAAUUUUUUUUAAAUACGUUUGAAUGUAUGUAAUUCUAUUUACUUAGAAUACUUAUAAUUUUCUGUCUUAUUAUUUCCUUUAUUUUUUAUUAUGCAUUUAUUUGGUAGGAAAUCAUUUACUGAGGUGGCAACUUUUGUCCUAUGCCAGAUAACACGGGAAUCCCCGUUUAUUCUGUUUUUAUGUAGGUACGCCUUACGAUUAUGAACGGUAAUGAAUCAGUAAUAAGGUUUAUUUUCUUAAUGAUAUAACUGAUCGAGGUUCAAAACAAUGUUUGUUGUUUUGUCUACUGCCACGUUAUUCUCAUUUGGCGUUGUGGUGCAGUGUCAGUGCGUUGUGUAUUCCGUGCAUGAUGAAGAGAAAAUACGAGCGUUCGUACCGACCUGAAUGGGAGCAAGAUCCUUUGCUUUCGUCCUGGAUUUCCAGAGCAAAGGAGGAUCCUGAUGUUGCGUUUUGCAAAGCUUGCAAUUGUAAAUUAGUUACAAGAUUGUCUUCAUUAAAAGAACAUGUGUUAUCCCAAAAACAUAAGAAGCAUAUGAUUGGGUAUAGCGGCCAAUCAUCGGUGCAACAGUUUUUUAAGAAAUCUCCAAUAGAAGAGGAAGUGAAAAAAGCAGAACUUAAUAUCUGUGCUAUGUUAGUGGAACAUAAUUUACCGUUCCGAUUAAUGGAUCAUUUAAGUGAAAUUAUCUCAAAAUGUUUUCACGAUUCGGAAAUUGCCAAGUCCUUUUCCUGCAAGAGAACUAAAGCAGCAGCGGUAACGUAUAAUGUUUUAAAGCCAGAGCUAGAAGCAGAGAUGCUUGCCGAUUUAAAAUCAUGUGAAAACAUUAAAACUCGUACACCAAUGUUUUCCUUAGUUAUAGAUGAGACCACAGAUGUAACAACCACAUCAACGCUUGCAGUUGUUACCAAAUAUUAUUCCGAAAAAGAUCUUCAGGUAAAAACAAAAUUUUUAACUUUGGUGGACUUGCAAGGAGCAUCAGCCCAAGCUUUGUUCGAUUCACUUUCCAAGGCGUUAAUCAAUGCUAACCUUAACAUUAACGAUGCAAUUGGUUUCGGAGCUGACACUACUAACGUUAUGUUUGGCGAACAAGGUGGUAUUAUUGCCAAAAUAAGAUAUGAAAAUCCCCAUUGCAUAUUCAUUAAGUGUGUAUGUCAUUCUACUGUUUUGUGUGUAUCUCACGCCAGUAAAAACUCUUUACCAAGGGCUAUUAACCAAAUAGUGCAAGAGGUUUAUGGAUAUUUUGCACAUAGUAGUAAAAGGCAAAGGGAAUUUGCUAAAUUCCAAGACUUUAUUGGCACUGAAAAGCAUAAAAUAUUAAAACAUUACGAAAUUCGAUGGCUAUGUUUGCAUGCAUGUAUUAAAAGAAUUUUGGAGCAAUGGGAUGCCCUCAAACUUUUUUUUCAAUCGCAGUUUCUGGAAGACAAAAAUAUUUCAGCUGAAUUUUUAUAUAAUAUGUAA